AUGGAUUGUUUAAUUCCUGUAUUAAAUAAACUUCAAGAUGUUUUUGCAGCUGUUGGUGCAAGAGAUACAUCAAUUCAAUUACCACAAAUUGUUGUUGUUGGUAGUCAGAGUUCUGGAAAAUCUUCUGUUAUUGAAAGUAUUGUUGGACGUGAUUUUUUACCUCGAGGAAAUGGAAUAGUUACACGUCGUCCAUUAAUUUUACAAUUAAUAUAUACUCCUGAAGAUUCUGAUAAAAGAAUGUUAAAUAAUCAAAAAAUAGAAGGUGAUUGGGGUGUUUUUAAACAUGCAAAAAAUAGAAUUUUUACUGAUUUUGAGGAGAUUAAAAAAGAAAUUGAGGAAGAAACAGAUAGAACAACAGGAACUAAUAAAGGAAUAUCUUUUGAACCAAUAUCAUUAAAAAUAUUUUCACAUAAAGUUGUUAAUUUAUCAUUAGUUGAUUUACCUGGUUUAACAAAAGUAGCUGUUGGUGAUCAACCAGAAGAUAUUGAAGAUCAAAUAAAAGGCAUGAUUUAUCACUACAUUUCAAAUCCAAAUGCUAUUAUUCUUGCUGUAACUCCAGCAAAUCAAGAUUUUGCCACUUCAGAAGCUCUUAAAAUAUCUCGUGAUGUUGAUAAAGAUGGUCUUAGAACAUUAGCUAUUUUAACAAAACUUGAUCUUAUGGAUGCUGGAACAGAUGCUAUGGAUGUUUUUAUGGGACGUGUUAUACAAGUUCGUUUAGGUAUUAUUGGUGUUGUUAAUAGAUCUCAAAUGGAUAUAAAUAACAAAAAGUCAAUUGAAGAUUCAUUAAAAGAUGAACUUGCUUUUAUUCAAAGGACAUAUCCUGCAUUGGCUUCUAAAAAUGGUACACCAUACUUAGUUAAAAUGUUAAAUAAGCUUCUUAUUCAUCAUAUAAGAUUAUCUUUACCAUCUUUAAAACAAAGAAUAAAUACAUUACAAUCACAAUUUCAAUCACAAUUAAAUUCAUUUGGUGAACCAUUAAAAGAUAAAAGAAAAACUUUAUUGCAAAUAUUAACUAGAUUCACUCACGCAUAUACAUCAACAAUUGAAGGAAAUUCAACCAAAAUUGAAACAACAGAAUUAUGUGGUGGUGCUCGUAUAAAUUAUAUUUUUCAUGAAACAUUUGCCAAAGUUCUUGAUGAAAUAGAUCCAUUAAAAAAUUUAACAGAAAUGGAUAUAUUAACGGCUAUUCGCAAUGCAACAGGAACAAGAUCGGUAUUAUAUGUUCCAGAGAUAUGUUUUGAACUUCUUGUUAAACAACAAAUACAAAAAUUAGAAGAACCAUCACUUCAUUGUGUAGAAUUGGUUCAUGAAGAACUUCUUAGAAUUGUUCAACAUUGUGGAGUUAAUGUUCAACAAGAAAUGCAACGUUUUCCAAUGCUUUUUGAUCGUAUUAAUAUUUGUGUUGCAACUGCUUUAAAAGAACGUGUUACACCAACAAAAGAAUUUGUUGAAAAUCUUAUUUCAAUUGAAUUAGCUUAUGUUAAUGCAAAACAUCCUGAUUUUUCAAAUGCAUGUUCAUACUCAUUACAACAAGUCGAUGGAGAUUUACCAAAAAGAAUAAAAAAAGUUACUGUUAAAGAUGAAGAUCCUCAUAUUCGUUCUAAUAGUGUUGGUAGAACAGAAAAUACAACAGAAGAAAAUCAACCACAUCCUCAAGAAAACAAGGAUAAUGUUGAAAAAGUUGAAAACAAUCAAGUUGAUGGUAAGGAUCGUAAUUCAUAUUUUGGAUGGUUAGUUGGUAAACAAAAUGCAGUAAAAGGUGAAACUAAAUUAAUUAAUAAUCAAACUGGUGAAGUAGAAACAAUUUUAACAACACAAACACCAGAAAGAUUAAGCCGUCAAUUAACAACAAGAGAAAAAAAAGAUUGCAAAACAAUAGAAAGAUUAAUUAAAAGUUAUUUUAAUAUUGUUCGCAAGAAUAUUCAAGAUUCUGUCCCAAAAGCAAUAAUGCAUUUCCUUGUGAAUUAUGUUAAAGAGAAUCUUCAUAGUGAAUUAGUUAGAAGUCUUUAUGAUAAUGCUAGUAUGGAUGAAUUACUACAAGAAAGUGAAACAAUUGCUGAAAGAAGAAGACAUUGUAGUGAUAUGCUUGAAUCUCUUAACAAAGCUAUACAAAUUCUUGGAGAAAUUAGAGAAACACAUAUAAGACUUUAA